CUCCUGCCUUGUGUCUGUGAGCUCCCAGUCCUGCCUGCCUAGCCUGUGCCUCUCUCUGACUCCCAGUCUCACUGAGUCUCUCACUCUCCAGCCACAAUGCAAACAACCAGGCACUCUACAUACUCUGUGCAAUCCUCUAGGAGCAGGGCCCCUGCUAUUUCAGUGACCCGCACCUCUGCUCCCGUCUACAGGGCCUCCAGCAUCCAUGGAGGUGCCGGCGGGGCAAACAUCAGCGUCUCCUCCGGUAGCUUCCGCGGAGGCAUGGGAGCCGGCAUGGGAGUGGGAUCCAGCGGCGGAGGGUUCUCCAGCAGCGUCCAGGUGAGCGGGAACAGCGCAGACAUCAUGGGCAAUGAGAAGUUCGCCAUGCAGAACCUGAACGACCGCCUGGCCAACUACCUGGAGACGGUGAGGAACCUGGAGCAGGCCAACCACAAGCUGGAGAUUAAGAUCAAGGAGGCCCUGGAGAAGAGCGGACCGGACUUCAGAGACUACAGCAAGUACCAGGCCAUCCUGGACGACCUGAGGAAGAAGGUGUUUGAUGCCACCUCAGACAACGCCCGCCUGGUUCUCCAGAUCGACAACGCUCGCCUGGCAGCUGAUGAUUUCAGAGUGAAAUAUGAGUCCGAGCUCGCCAUCCGUCAGUCCGUGGAGGCAGACAUCGUCGGUCUGAGGAAACUCAUCGAUGACACAAACAUGAGCCGCAUGAACCUGGAGAGCGAGAUCGAGGCCCUGAAGGAGGAGCUCAUCCACCUCAAGAAGAACCAUGAAAAUGAAGUCAUGGAGCUCCGCAACCAGAUCGCCCAGUCAGGAGUCCACGUUGACGUCGACGCCCCUAAAGGACAGGACCUGGCUCAAAUCAUGGCAGAAAUCAGGGCCAAGUACGAGAAAAUGGCAAAGAAAAACCAGGAAGAACUCAAAGCAUGGCACGAAUCUCAGAUCACAGAAGUCCAGAGCCAGGUCGCCCAGAACACAGAGGCCCUGAAGGGUGCACAGACGGAAGUGAACGACCUACGCCGACAGGUCCAGACCCUGGAGAUCGAGCUGGAGUCACAGAAGAGCCUGAAAGCGUCUCUGGAGGGCACGCUGAGGGACACAGAGAUACGCUACAACAUGGAGAUUGAAUCUCUCAACAGCAUCAUCCUGGGGCUGGAGGCAGAGCUCACACAGCUGCGUAACAACAUCCAGCUUCAGACGCAGGAGUACGAGGCCCUGCUCAACACCAAGAUGAAGCUGGAGGCCGAGAUCGCCACAUACAGACGGCUGCUGGACGGGGAAGACUUCUCGCUCCAGGAAGCCCUGGACCAGAAGACCGUGAAGACCAAAGUCAUGACGGUCACACAGACCCUGGUCGACGGGAAGGUGGUGUCCUCCAGCACAGAAACCAAGAACCUUUAAAAGACAAGCAGCAGCCUCCUCAUACUCCCAACGUCAACUAUCACUGCAUCAUAACAUUAACAAAUGAUUGGCCUAAACCAGUAAUUUCCACUUUAGUGGGCUCUGCUCUCUUUAGUCAAACGGCGCUAACAGUAAAAGUCUCCGCCAUCGUAGUUUGACCUCCAGCUCGUACAGGCUGAUGAGAAAACUGGACCAGAGGAAAACAAAGUCAUCUUUUAUUUAUUUCAUCAUGGUUUAUUUAUGUGUUCGGCGUCAGGUGUUUACGAGGGUUUCAAAUCAGAGAAAUGUGAACUUUAUCAGUCAAACUAAUUAAAGACAUUUUAUAACAUUUCUAAAGUUAAAGAAGACUCCAAUUUAAACUUUUUUUUUCAUCAUCUUUGGUUUUCUUUCUGUCCAGUUAAAUCUACCUGAUGUGCUGUGAUGCUCAGACAUUCCAAUAAAGAUCUUCCAUGAAAUAA